UUCUUCCCCAAACUCCAGGCGAUUGAGGCUGACAAGACUGACGCGACUCCAUGGGGGGAGGCGGACGGAAGUCUGAACGCUGAUGGAGAUGAAGCAAUCGACAUUGAUGUUUAUCAUCUCUGGCCUCAAGUUUGCCUCUAUUAUGUCAUUGUGUGAAUUCGCGUAAUCGACAAUUAUCAGCCCCAUCCUCGGUGUAAUUGAGGAAGUUCAACCCAAAAGUUGCUUGACCAACUUGUGAUUUCGUAGAAGAAAGAGAGCGAGCUGAUAAUUGACCUAAUGCGGGCCAUACCAGUUCAACUCGCUAAUUAUUUAUGUAGAAGAAGACCUGGGGUCAGUCUACGAUCUCGCAAUUUUUCAUCCUACAAUGGCAAGGAGGAGUUAACCGUUGAAGAAGAAGCUGAAAGAAAAAUUGGAUGGCUCUUGAAACUGCUGUUUGCGGGGACAGCAUCUGUGGUGGCAUACCAGUUCUUUCCUUUCAUGGGAGAUAAUCUCAUGCAACAGUCUGUAUCUCUUUUGCGAGUCAAGGACCCUUUGUUUAAAAGGAUGGGAGCGUCUAGGUUGACCCGUUUUGCAAUUGACGAUGGAAGAAGGAUGAAGAUAGUUGAGAUGGGUGGAGCCCAAGAGCUCUUAAGCAUGUUGAACACGGCUAAUGACGACCGAACACGGAAAUCAGCUUUGAAGGCUCUGGAUGCACUCUCACGAUCAGAUGAAGUUCUUGCAUCCUUAUGUCAUGCUGGAGCAAUGACAAUUGUUAGGUCAACUCCAAAUUCACUUGAGGAUGCAGAUAUUGAGAGAUUCAAAUUCUCCUUGAUGAAAAGAUUCCAAGAGCAGAAAUAUGGUGGGCGAUCAUGACUUUUGGCUGAGGUGGUUGCCCAGGUUUUAUUAGGCUCAAAACAUGUAGUAUUAUAAUCAAUGAGCUGGCCGUAAAUGUAUGGAUAAGAACGAGCAGAAUCUGCUAGUUAUGCUUAGUUCAAAUCUAAUAAAGAGUAAUGUUGUUCAAGCUUCUCUUGGUUCACAUCAGUGACAGAUGGAAUACAAUGGCUGUCCAUUCUUAUUGAUGGUAUGUGAUAAUUCAUGCUUAA